AUGGGGGGGGGGGGGUCCCGGCAGCCGGUGCCCGCGCUCUACCCCGACCUGGCCGCGCUGGAGGAGCGCGCGGGGCCGCGGCGGGCGGGCGGGCGGCCGGGGCUGCGCGAGAUCCACCUCCGCAAGGACGAGCGCGGCGACACGGGGCUGCGGCUGAGGAACGUCGACCAGGGCCUCUUCGUGCGGCUGGUGGAGGCCGGCUCGCCGGCGGCGCUGGCGGGGCUGCGCUUCGGCGACCAGGUGCUGCAGCUCGACGGGCGCAGCUGCGCCGGCUGGAGCAGCGGCAGGGCCCGCCGGGCGCUCAGGAAGGCGUCCGCCGAGAAGCUGGUGCUGGUGGUGCGGGACAGCCCCUUCCAGUGCACCGUGACCGUGCACAAGGACAGCGCCGGGCGCCUGGGCUUCGUCCUCAAGAAGGGGCAGAUCGUGUCGCUGGCCCAGGACGGCUCCGCCGCCCGCAACGGCCUCCUCACCCGCCACCGCGUCUGCGAGGUGAACGGCCAGGACGUCGUCGGCCUCCAGGACAAGCAGCUCACGGAGGUGCUGGCCGCGGCCGGGCGCGCCGUCACGCUCGCCGUCAUCCCCGCCGUCAUCUACAAGCGCGUGGCCAAGCGGUGAGUCCGCGUCCCCCCCGCCGCGCACCCGCUCCGGCAGGCGCCCGACGCCGGCUCCAGCGAAAGCAGACACGGACCCAGCGACGUUUAUUACAGCCACCACAGACAGCGGUUACAGGACAGCGGAAACGACAGAAGGGGGGGGGUACAGCUUUUUAAGUUCUGUAUUUAAAAAAUAUAU